GUCCAUUCCCGGAGCCUUACCUGCUUGCUGUCAGUGAAACAAGAAUAUCAGUUGUUGAUCUAUCAUCAAAUUAUUCAACAAUCGUCAUCGAUGAACGUUACAGUAUCAAAAACUUGAUCAUUGAUCCUGUUGGGAAAAACAUGUAUUUUAAAAGUGGGACAAAAGUGUACCGAACGAAUUUUGAUGGCUCUGAUAAGGAAGUAAUUUAUGAAGAUGCUAUACAAGUAUUUGCAUUAGACUGGAUAGGACGACGCAUGUUCUGGGUGGAUUCAGAGGAAACGAAAUCGAUAACUGUGGGUAAUGUGAACUUCUCUAACGGAACAUAUUUCCAUCUCAGUGAAAACAAUAUUGGAAGCUUGGCUGUCGAUCCUAUUUCAGGGUGCGUUAUGAGCAUCUACGAUUACAAUAUUCCAAGGUCUUGAGUCAUUGGUUUUGUCUAACUCUCUUAAUUAAACAUAUCAUAAUUAUAUAACAAAUUUCGUGGAAAUCUUUUUUUACAUGUAGGAUAACAACCGAAAAUGGCAACCACGCGGUUGUUAUGUUCUUUGCAUACUAUUUCCUUUUCAAUUGUUUCCAAGAGGCUUCGGAAAUUGUUGUUUUUCACCUAUUUUACAAAGAUGCAAACAAUAAUAGCCAUACCACUCAGCUAAUAUAAUUUUAUUUAAUUAAGACACAAAAGCGCUUGUCUAGACAAAAGAAUGCAUUUCUGGAGUGCGAAAUUAAAGAACGUCAUAAGUCAAAUAUUUAUAAUUAUAUGCAAAAAUGUAAGGAAAGUUUGUUAGUUAUUCGAGCAGCGUUAUAGCGAAUGGAGAAAGCACUAAAAUAUGCAUAUUUUUCGCGUAUGUUCCUCUAGUAAUACCGAUGUCUGAUGUCAAUUUACAACCAAAACAACAUCAAAUUUCAUUUAUAGUUUUUCAAAAAUUUUCACAUUUAUACAUCUCAUAGUUAUAUAACUGAAGAAAAUUACCAACCUCACGCAACUGUUUUAUGUUAUUUCUUGCUUAGAUAUAUCUUUUAUAAAAAUUGUGGAUCGACUCUUGCGCGAAUUAAUUUCAUCGGAAAGGAUCUUGAGAAGUUCAAUGUGAAAGAUGGCCAGUCCAGGGUGUAUCUCGAUUAUGUUAACAAGGAACUGUACUAUUAUCGAGCGAGUUAUACAAGCACAAAUAUUUGUUUCCUAGAUUAUGAUGGUGUUUCGCGGAAAAAUAUCUCAUUUGCUGGAAGGAACGUUUCUGCGUUGAUAAUAUUCGGGGAAUUUCUUUACGUCCAAAGGAUGGACAAAAGAGUGAUUCAUGAGAUUAGUGUAUCCACAGGAGUUCUAUUUCGAAAUAUCUCUUUACCGAAACCGUUUACCCGUUUGAAUAACUUCGCCAUCGUGGAGCAGUCGCAGUACCCAACAG